UGAAACAAAGCGAGGUGCAUGGGUUGACUAUUUCGAUCUGCAUGUCGUUGUUGUUCUAGUCUACUAGAUAUAGUGUCAAUGGUUGAACUUACGGUUGUUCACUGCAUGCGUUAAUUCAGUCAUUCGCGUUUGUGUAGAUGACUUUGGACUUAAUGCUGGCUCCCGUUGACGUGGAAGACAGGUUUUCAACUGAACGAAGACACCUACCAGGAGAUCCUCGUUCAUGGUCUAGGGAUGAUGUCAGCAGAUGGUUAAAUCUAAUGGAAGAGAGAUACCAUCUAUCACCAAUUGACAGGAAUAGAUUUUCUAUGAGUGGACGAGCCCUAUGUCUCAUGCAGAAAGAAAUGUUUAGUGCCAGAGUACCAGAAGCAGGGCAGCUGCUGUAUGACGAUUUCCAGCUUCGGCUCCGGUUUGUGCUAGGUCUGGCUGUGUGCAAAAUGAAACAAAGUAGUAGCAGCUUUUGAAUUGCUGAGGAUUAAUUCAGGUGUAACAAACAUACUUAAUUAAGUUACUUUGCUAGCGUACUAUGUAUAAAGAGUAGCCUAGUCAUCUAAACUUUGUAACAAUUA